GACCCCUGGCGGCGGGACGGCCAACCUCGCCCGGCACACGUCAUGGACCCCCAAAACAAAACAAACAGCUGAUCACCUGCUUGAACUUCACCUAGCGGAAAAAAACAAAAAAUACACAUUCAUACGGCUUAUGUAUGUAAUUAGAGUGACCGCGUGAGAAGCAGCAAUGUGUUGAUGAGGGUUGGUGGGCGUGUUGUUAACGGGAGUGAACUGUGGAGACCACGACACGAUGGCAAGACAGCGUCGAGCUAAGGUGUCCUCAGGGCAGCUACCAUCUAGCGAGAACAAUCAACAUGAUCUUGCUGUCCUUGACGAUGCUCGAGCAUUAUGCCGGCCAGAGCGCUCCGGCAGAGACAGAAGACGACAGAGAUCCGGUAGCCGCAGAUGGUGUCCAGCAUUGCUGUACAUGAUAUUUGCAGGAAUAGUCAUUCUUGCUGUUGCUUACUUUUUGUAUGUUGGAUAUAUGGAAACUAGAAUUAAUACGCCACUCUCGGCUUCAAAGGUAGUAACAAAGUCAGGGCUUGCUGUACCUGAGAGAUACUGGGGCACAUAUCGACCUGGAGUCUAUUUUGGCACACGGACAAGACACCCAACUUCAAUUGUAACAGGUCUGAUGUGGUUUGUGCCCGGACAUUUCCAGAAUAAUAUGCUGGCCCUUAGACAUUGGUGUGAUCAAGCUGAUGAUCUGCCAAAGUAUGGCUGGCAGGUUCACGAUGGCCGUAACAUAGGCAUACAGACCAUUAUGGACAAAAGUACAAAUAUACAAACAAAAUUUGUCAAACGAGCUGGUGGUCAGCAUGGAGGGGAUUGGUCUGCAAGGAUCAGUGUUUUCCCUAAGACUAAAAAACAAGAGGCUAGAGAAGUGUCGCUCUUGUAUUAUGUUGCACUGGAUCCAGAUGAUACCGAUUCUAUGCUACAGCCCAUGGUUGGAACCAGUCAGUCGUUGGGCUCUCUGAGAGGCAUCUCGGACUCUGUUGGAGGCUUCCGUCUUCAUGUUCUUAAUUCCUCGGGAAUCAUAAAUCAUCAUCAUUUACUCAGUACUAAGCAUUUAGGUCUUCAUAUGUUGAAAGAAACUGUGUACAAGGGUUUGAGAGUCUUCCAAGGUAAAACUGACAAGGAAAAGUACAUUGGACUUGCUGGAGAGAUGUUCAGUCAUGAAGAUACUGACCGACAACCCAAUUUUGUUGUAUAUCAGGUCACUGGGCAGGUGCCGUUUGAAAUAGAGGUAGUGUACGAGAGUGAUAGUGUAGUGAGACGACCAGGGAUGCUAAUGGGCGAGUCUUUAACCGAGGAAUUAAGUAAGUACGAGGAAAAAUUCUAUGCAGAUUUUGAAUCAAAGUUUUCUAUGGAAGCAAAAGGGUUUAAUUCUGAAGAAAUAAAUUUUGCAAGAGCUGCUUUAAGUAACAUGAUUGGAGGCAUUGGUUACUUUUAUGGUGCUUCAAAGGUACUGGGUGAGUACAAUAAUGAUCCAGUUCCCUAUUGGAAGGCUCCACUUUAUACUGCAGUGCCAUCUCGCAGUUUCUUUCCCCGAGGUUUCCUGUGGGACGAAGGCUUCCAUAACCUCCUUAUAUCCAAGUGGGAUCGAGAAAUAUCUCAGGAUAUUUUGGCCCAUUGGUUUGAUUUAAUGAAUUGGGAUGGAUGGAUACCUAGAGAGCAGAUUCUGGGUGUCGAGGCUCGUGCUAGAGUUCCUGAAGAGUUUGUUGUUCAACGGGGCAAAAAUGCUAAUCCUCCUACGCUUCUCCUCACUCUACAUUCCAUGAUGGCUGGCUUUAAGCAGGAAUUGUCAGAUGAUGAUUAUGAAUACCUCGGUCACCUUUGGCCUCGAUUAAGAGCUUGGUACAACUGGUUUAAUACAACACAACUGGGAGAGGUACCAGGGACAUACAGAUGGCAUGGUCGAGAUCCAAGAGCAGUACUGGAACUGAAUCCCAAAACUCUGACAUCAGGUCUGGAUGACUUCCCUCGGGCAUCACAUCCAACAGCAGAUGAACGACAUUUGGAUCUUAGAUGCUGGAUGGCUCUAGCAUCAGGACUUAUGGCAGACAUUGCAAAACUUAUAGAAAAGGAUCCUGGUAGGUUUAAUGAUGCUUAUAAAUAUCUGACAGAUAACAAUAUUCUCGAUUCUCUACAUUGGUCAUAUGCUGCAAAUGGAUACAUGGACUAUGGUCUUCACACAGAUGACCUGGAAUUAAAGCGACUUACACCCAAUUCUGUAAUGAAGCGUAUUGUACAUUCAGAUCCAAAAUUGAGGUUUGUAGAUUCUUUUGGAUAUGUAAGCUUCUUCCCCUUUUUCCUUCAAAUUAUAGAUCCCUAUUCUGCAAAACUUGGGAAAGUUCUUGAUGAUCUUCGGCGGCCAGAUCUCCUAUGGACUCCUUAUGGUCUUCGCUCCUUGGCUAAGAAUUCUCCUUUUUAUAAUAAACGAAACACUGAGCAUGACCCACCUUAUUGGCGAGGUGCUAUUUGGAUCAACAUGAAUUACUUGGCUGUACGGGCUUUACAUUACUACAGUAAUGUAGAUGGACCUCACCGAGAGCUGGCAUUGGAGAUAUACAAAAGUCUAAGACAAAAUAUUAUUAGUAAUGUUAUAAAAGAAUACAAGAGAACAGGUUACUUAUGGGAACAUUAUGGUGACAAGAAUGGACGAGGGGAAGGAUGUAGACCAUUUACUGGAUGGACUGCUCUUGUGGUAUUAAUGAUGGGGGAAACCUUUUAACUUUGAAUUGUUAAUAUUGUUAGUAGUUAAUGUUUUCAUCAAUGGAUCAAUAUUUUAUGCCUUCAAUAUUUACAAAUGAUAAUUUGGUUCAGUACAACUUUUUCUACAAAAAUGUAUGUGAUCUUCAGGAAAUAUAUUCACUAACAUUUUCUUGGAGUAAGGAGAGACGACAAGAAUGAUUUCCUAUGCACCUGUUUUCCACAACUUGCUUGGUAAUAAUUUAUAUUUCAAUACAAGCCAUAUUUCAAAGCCUUCAUGUGUGUAUUUUAUAAUGAAACCACAGCUAUUUUGUUAAUGGAACUUGUAUCACAGACCUCAGUAUGACAAUCAUUUUGCAUUGUUUUGUGUGUGCUCUCUAUGGUAGCCACAUCGGCAUUUGUGUUGUCCAAAAUUUGUAUGAGCAGUCUCAGUAAGGUGACUAUGGCUGGAUUUCAUUACUGAAGUUAUUCAACAAAAUAAGUAUCACGGUAUUAAUGCCACUGGACCUUCAUUGGACAUCUUUGUUGAAACAAGGUUUUGUUUUGCUAGAUGCCCUUUAAAGUUAGCAUUUACUUGUUAAUGUUCAACCACUUGGGAGUGGAUGGUAGAGCAACCGUCAUGCGUUUUGCAAGUUGGCAUUCAAUUCCCAACUGUCCAAGUGGUUAGACACCAUUCCUUCCUUCCAUCCUAUCCCAAAUCCUUAUCUUUAUCCCUUUCACGUGCUAUACAGUCGUAAUGGCUUAGCGCUCUUUCCUGAUAAUUACCUUAUCUUGCUAACCAUAAUUUUAAUAAUACAGCAAGUUUGUCAUAAUAAAUAUAGCUUAUUUUGAUAAUCAAAAGAUAUCCAGUUGUCAGGUGUUAUUUUGUUGGCGAGUGUGAAGAAUGUCUAAAUUGUAUGUUGUAUUUGAGAACUACUAAAGUUUUGCAUACAUUUUAAUAGUUUAGUAUACAGUAUUUGUGUAAAAUACAGACUUCUAUUUUGAUAUUUAAUACCUUGAUUGUGGUGUAACUCUGACUAGCUUGAGGGCUUGGUCGUAUGUGCAUAUGUGCUGACUAUUGACGGAGGUACCAGUACUGUAUGUACUGUACAGUAAGGCUGGCUUUGUUAUAACUUUUAUUUCUAUAAUCAUAAUUCAUUCCCAUCAUUGAACUCUAGUUCAUAUUGUGCAUUACACUUCCAGAUUUACAAUUAUGUAAUUUUAAUGAGACAUUUUUGCUUUCAAGAAAUGUUAAUCAAUCAUUAACAGGAUACUUUAAGUUUGAAGACAUGUUAUUGUUACUUGCAUAUACACACAGAUCCUUUGGCGAUGAAACUUUUAUUUUAAUGAAAUCUUUGGGUAUUAUUUGAUUUUAAAAUACAGUAUAGUGUAAGAAAUUUGCUAAUCUCUUAAUUACACUUUAAAAUAAAUUUGUAAUAAUUACAAAAGAUGUUCAUUAGAUUAAGUUGAUAUGGCAUUGUUUAAAAACUUUUAACAUUUUUAUUCCACUUGCAAAAACAUUUUGCUCUUAGGUUUGCAUAGUUGUUCAAAGAGUAUUGCUUUUCUUGCUUCUCUGUUAGACCCUCUGCACCCAGUAGUAAUUGGGGGACCAUGAUGUUAAAUGACUGCGGUGGAUUGUAUUUCAGGGAGAACAAGAUAAAGAAUAACCUAACAUGUUCCAGUACCGGGCCCAAGAUCUAAAUUUUAGUCUAUGGUUGAAGAGAGUAAGUUGUAGUAACAUGGCAGGAAAUUAGGGCCCCAACUCAAACAUCUGAAAAGUAAGGAAAGUAACAUUUCUUUCUAGAACAUGGUCUAAAAACUGUUAACAUUUUUAUUCCAAUUUGCAGGAACAUUUUACUCUUAGGUUUGUAUAGUUGUUCAAAGGGUAUUGGCAGAAAAUUGGGUACCACAACCCCAAACACCUGAAAAGUAAGGAAAGUAGCAUUACUCACCAUUGUAGACCCUUAUCAACUAGUGUGAUAGCUUGAUAAGGUUCAAAGAUGGGUCAAAAUGUUAUCACUUUCUUUUCAGGUGUGUGGGUUGGAUAUUUAACUUAGGGCAUCUAUCAGGCCCUUGGAGAGUGGUUGAAUCUGCCAUCAUUUGGAAGAAAUUGUGCUGAGGACAUUGUACAAGCUAUUGAAUUGUUAUAUAAAGGUAUUUCACAAGCCAUUGAAGUAUUAUAAAAGUUAUUUCAUGUGCCAAAUGAUAUUGUUAAUACAGUUUCAUGUCCUCCUUCUGUAGAUGUAUAAUACGGACGUUGGGUGAACAUUUUUUUGUGGGAAAAUUGGCAUGGCUGUUUCCUUAUAGACUGUACAUAGCAUAUUAUUUAUGAGUUACAUGUGUGAUAAGCUACAUGUAUGAUUAUGAAGAUAGUAUGCAAGUAGUCCUUCGUGAUCCAGGGAAACGCAAGCUUAAGAGACUUGUUUAUCAUUUAUGACUCUCUUCUUUGGUUUAUUUUUCCCACAAGUGAUGGUGUGGUGUGCUAUGCUGGUGUACAUUAAUUUUAAGGUAUUAUUACAUUAUUUAUGAUUCUCUUCAUCAUAAGGAUUAGUGAUGGGAGGAUUAAUCGUAAUUGGUAUAUAGAAUCGGAAGGAUUGACAAUUUUGAAUAAGUGAAAUCGGUAUCGGAGUCAAAAGAAAUUGAUCAUGAUUUCUGAUUCUUAAAACGAUUAUUUAUCAUUUAAUAACAAAAUUAAUUUUGGUGCUACAAUAUAUUCUCCCAGAAGAAACAGAAUGCAAGCAGAGGUAGAUGUUAAUUUUUUUAUAUUAUAAUUUAGGAGUCUUGGGUUUCAGAUGUGAAUAAUUUUUUCUUAUUCACUUGAACUGUACUUGCAUUAUUUAUUUAUAUAUACAGUAUAAGAGUUGUUACAUUCUUGUACAGCCAAUAGCAUGCGUAGUGUUUCGGGCAAGUCAUGUAGAUUAAAGAUGGCUUUUUCAGUAUAAACCAAAAAUUAAUUUAGUUCUAUAUGAACUACUAUUGCAGUUUAAUUUUACUUGAUGUGAUGGGUAAUGGAAUGAUUUCAGUAUUUCCAUUUUCUUGUUUUUGUAGAUUAAGGAUUAAUUUUUUAGUAAUUAGGAAUUAACCCAUGCUUUAAUUGAGCUAGUAUUGCAAUAUUAACUAUUUCAACUAAGAAUAAAUUUUAUAUUGUGUAGUACACAAAGCUUGUACAUUUGCAUGUAUAAUGAAUGUUUGAACCUUUCAGGUUCCUUAUAAAUGUUUAAGCUGGAUCUACCAAUUGUUUUCUAAUCUUAAAUCAGUCUGUUAUAUUAAUAAUACAUUUACUAUGCUAAUAAU